UCUGCCUCCACUGAGGAAGCACAGGAGUCGAGAUGACGUUCAUCGCCAAGACCUUCUACGACCUGAAAGCCACCACGCUGGAGGGGGACUCGGUGGAUUUCAACGUGUUUCGGGGACGGGUGGUCCUGAUAGAGAAUGUGGCCUCGCUCUGAGGCACCACCACCCGGGACUACAGUGAGCUCAACCAGCUUCAGAGCAAGUACCCACAUCGGCUGGUGGUCCUGGGUUUUCCCUGUAACCAGUUUGGAUAUCAGGAGAACUGCAGCAAUGGUGAGAUCCUGAAUUCCCUGCAGCACGUGCGUCCAGGCGGCGGCUUCAAGCCCAGCUUCACCAUCUUUGAGAAGUGUGACGUCAACGGAACAAACACGAAUCCGGUCUUUGCCUAUCUUAAAGACAAGCUCCCCUACCCCGAUGACGACCCCACCUCCCUCAUGCAGGACCCCAAAUUUCUGGUUUGGAGUCCCAUCAGCAGGACCGAUGUCUCUUGGAACUUUGAGAAAUUCCUCAUCGGGCCAGAGGGAGAGCCCUUUAAAAGAUACAGCAAAAAGUUCCCAACCAUUGACAUAGAGCCUGAUAUUCAAAGACUGUUAAGAUUAACCAAGACCUAAGAAUAGCCUUCAACUCUUAAUGACUUCUCAUCCAUCACAGUCAAAGCUGUCCUCCACACUUUUAGACCUUAUUAAAUGAGGGUGAUAUUCUGAAAAGCUGAGGGAAUAUUAUCUGAGGCCUCAUAAGUGCUUAAGAGUAGUGGAGGAAGAAACUGAAUAUAUGUACCAUGAUACAAAAGUGGGCAUUCCUUAUAGAAAAGCCAGGUAUUUUCUUCUGUUUCUUGUCUUAUCCAAGCCUGGCCAGCAGAUGGUGCUACAGUUUUGAUUAUACACAUAGAUUCUUCUGGAUAGAUAGAACUUCUUUCAUGAAUUAACAUUCACAGCACACACACUCCCAAAAUGUUUGCACUGGAAUAAAACCCUAAAAUCCAA